GGCAACCAAAUCUUCUUAGGUAAAGAAAAUGGGAAGGUCUCCUUGUUGUGAUGAGAGUGGCCUCAAGAAAGGUCCUUGGACCCCUGAAGAAGAUCAAAAGCUCAUGAAAUACAUUCAGAAAAAUGGCCAUGGAAGCUGGAGAGCCCUUCCAAAACUUGCAGGCUUAAACAGAUGCGGCAAGAGUUGCAGGUUACGAUGGACAAACUACCUUAGGCCAGAUAUAAAGAGAGGGAAGUUUUCUCAAGAAGAAGAACAAACAAUUCUGAACCUCCAUUCCAUCCUUGGCAACAAAUGGUCAGCAAUUGCAAGUCACCUACCCGGUCGGACGGAUAAUGAAAUAAAAAAUUUCUGGAACACCCAUUUAAAGAAGAAGCUGAUUCAGAUGGGUUUUGAUCCGAUGACUCACCGGCCUCGGACCGAUAUCUUCUCUAGCUUGCCUCAUCUUCUAGCUCUUGUCAAUUUGAAAGAGCUCCUGGACCAUGGAGGCCACCCAUCUUGGGAUGAACAAGCUGUGAGACUACAAGCAGAAGCAGCUCAAAUGGCUAGGCUCCAAUACCUACAAUGUCUCCUCCAACCUCCUCCUGCUAAUAAUUCCUUUGGAGCUGGUAGCCCAAGCAACCUAAAUGAUAUCACUGACAUGGAGACCAUCAAUCUUUUGAGCUCUCUCUGUUCAUAUCAGUUGGAUCAAAACCCACCACAAUAUCCUGGAGCUAAUUUCGAACCAGUCCAAGAUCAUAAUUCAAUCCCUUUCUCUCAUAUGCCUGACUUGCAAACCUAUCAAACACCUUCACUGAACAACAACAAGGACAUGGUUAACCAAGCUGAAGAUCAAUUUGCUGCAGUUUUGAGCCAAGGGCAAAACUCUCCCAACAAUCCAUGGAACAUUCCUUCUUCAUCAAACACCACUCCGUCUCCUACUUCUAUGGCUCUUCCGGUGGCAGAGACUUCGAUAAGCAACACCAUGGGAGAUGCUUGCAGUACUUCAAGCUUUGGAGGAGUGGCUAAUUCUGCUUGGUCCGAGCUUCUUCUUGAGGACUCUUUUUUCAAUGAGAUUGCUUAAUUAAUUAGGUAGAGAUGUGUGAUAAAGGCUUCUAAUUGCAUGAUCACUUACUAUUUAUGUGUAUUUUCUGAUAAUAUAUAUUUAUAUGUAUACUC